GUACCUUCAAAUUUCGGAAAAAGUAAAGAUGAGCUCUUUGAAGAGAAAAAGUGGUGAUUUAGCCUCUAAAACUGCCAAGAAGAUUGCAGGACAUUGGAGUAUGGGAUUGAAAGUAUCUAUGGAAGAUCCUGAACUUCAAGUUAAAGUAGAUGAACGCAUAGUUAUUAUUAAAGACAAGUAUCCAAAAGCUAAACACCAUUUCCUGGUUCUACCAAAGGAAAACAUAUCAAGCCUGAAGAGUCUGACGAGAGAUCACAUUCCUCUGCUGGAACAUAUGCAGCUGGAAGGAGAACAACUGGCCUUCAAGACAGAUGAUACGCUGAAAUUCAGGCUUGGUUACCACUGCAUUCCGAGCAUGAGCCACAUUCACCUCCAUGUAAUCAGCCAGGAUUUCAAUUCUCCCUGUCUUAAGAACAAGAAACAUUGGAACACAUUCACAACAGAGUACUUCAUAGAUUCUAAAGAUGUCAUAAAGGAGGUAAAAGAAAAGGGUUGCUUUAUACGAGACAAAUCAAAAUAUGAGGCAAUACUGAAACAACCUCUCAGGUGCCAUGUGUGUGAACAAAUAUUCCCAACAAUACCAGCCUUGAAGACACAUAUACUCAAACACAGUUACAAAAAAACUUGAAUCAACUAUAGAA